UCGCGGACUCAUGUUGCCUGGUGCACAUCCAACCUGCCCUUCAAACAUGGCAGCGCAACUCCGACUGCCCGUGCACCUGCGGCGCGUUCUAUCACGGAACUUUGCGUCGAAACCAGAAGCGCAGGCAUGGACCACUCGAAAGAACGCGACCGGGUCAGACAAUGCGAAACCUGCUGCUGCCGCCUUGCCUUCAGGUCGAAAGACUUGGGACAAGGUGUUGAAAGCAUGGGUGCCGUACGUGGAAAAGGCAGCGACUACAUCGUCACCUCCGCCCACGUUUUCGCAAGGCAAAACAAUCAAUGGAACUGGCACAACUCGGCAGUCGUGGUUGAAACCUUCUGCAGCCAAAGUUGACGACACACCCCGCUUCAAAUUGUUUGGAAAAGGCGGCGAGAUUCAAGUGGACUCGACGGCAGUUUCUUCUUCUGAAGGACGACCUCGACCACCGCAAAAACAACAGCAGCCGCAGCAGAAGAAGAGCUUCAAGUUCGAAAAGAGCCUCUUUUCCAAGGAUUACUUCCCCGAUGUGUCGUGGAACUCUUCCGCUUCGGCCGCCGACCAAUCCAAGAAAUCGCCACGGCAAAACUACCAGCAGCGCAACAACAUCACACACCAUCAUAAGCGCCACCACGGGCGAAAACGGUCCAACGUGGCCAAGGUCCCUCAGCGUGAGAUGAAAGUCGAAAUCCCAACCGUCAUCACAGUCGAAGAUCUCGCAGAGCGCAUGUGCAUUAAAGCCCACCUUCUUUUGCGCACCCUGCGAAGUAUGGGGGAAAAGAACUUGACCGAAUCGUCUGAACUGUCGGCAACCGUGGCGGAGCUUGCCGUUGAAGAUAUGGGCAUGACUCCCAUCAUGGUGCAGGGCUUUGUCGACCUUAAGCCGACCCCCGUCCCUGACAACUGCGACGGCCUUCCCGCUCGUCCUCCCAUCGUGACGGUCAUGGGGCAUGUUGAUCAUGGAAAAACAACGCUUCUCGACGCACUGCGCAAAACGACCACCAAAGAGCACGGAGGCAUCACGCAAAAGAUCGGGUCUUUCACUGUUCCGAUUGAGGACAAGUCCAUCGUGUUCUUCGAUACACCUGGCCACGCAGCGUUUGCAACGAUGCGGGCCCAGGGCUGCUCGUUGACUGACAUUUUGGUUGUCGUGAUCGCGGCGGAUGACGGAAUCCAGCCCCAGACGAAGGAGGUGCUGCGCCUGGCCGUCGAAAAUGCCGUGCCGCUCAUUGUGGCCGUGACCAAAUGCGACCGAUACCCCGGUCAAGAAGCCGAGAUCGUCAAGCGGGUGACCAAGGAGGUCCAAAUGGAGGGCAUCGGCGAGGAAGACAUGCAGCUCGUGUGUGUUUCAGGGAAGACGGGCGACGGGAUCGAUGAACUCAAGCAGGCCAUUCUCCUCCAAGCAGAUAUCAUGGAGCUGCGGGCAGACCCGUCCAAGCCCGGCGAAGGCGUGGUUGUGGAAGGCAGUGUCGUACGAGGAUGGGGUGUGACUGUCGACGCGAUGGUAACGUGGGGCACGCUGCGCGUGGGCCAGUUGGUCGUGUGCGGGCUUGAGUACGGCAAGAUCAAGUCGUUAGUAGAUGAGCACGGAAAGCACUUGCAGGCCGCAGGGCCAGGGACGCCCGUGCGGGUCGUCGGUCUGAAGGAUCUACCCAAGACUGGCCAAACUAUUCUGCCCGUUGAAACCGAAGACGAAGCCAAGGUUGUCGUAUCGGAACGAGCGCGCAUCUUGGAACAGAUUGCGAUGAAGGAGGCAGAAGCCGAGGCGGCACGACUGAGGGAAGGCGAGGCGGCUCACGUGUCACUCGGAAGAAGGGGCAAGGCACGACAGCUGGAGCUACAGCGCCAAGAGCGAGCGAAAGAAGAGGAACGGCUGGAAUCCCUUACUCCAGAUGACGAAGGUUAUGUACCCAAGGUCAUUCCCGUGGUUCUCAAAGCGAAUGCGUUGGGGAUUAUCGACGCCAUCGACCACAUGAUCACGGAACUCAACACCCUUAGCCGCGAAUGCGUCCUCAAGUGCAUUUUCUCAGGCGUGGGCCCCGUGUCAACGUCCGAUAUUGACUUGGCGGCGCGAACCAACGCGACAAUCUUUACAUUCAAUACCCGCCAGCCAUCCUUGAUCGAGAAGGAUGCUCUUCGCAAACAAGUGGCGAUCAAGUCGCACAACAUCAUCUACUCCCUCAUGGACGACAUCGAGACCUUGAUGACAAGCCAGAUGACGCAUCUCGACCAGGAAGAAAGCAUUGGUGCCGCCGAAAUCCUCGAGUUCAUCCCGAUCAACCUGAAGGGCCGGCGAAAGGCGAGCAUUGCCGGCGUCCGCGUGACGGACGGGUCGCUCGUCAUGGACGCCAAGUACCGCAUUGUCCGCGACGGCGAAGUGUUGUCGGAAGACUUGUCGCUAGAAAGCAUGCGCCAUUUCCAGGACAAGAUCUCGGAAUCCCCAAAGGGUCAGGAAUGCGGCGUUCAGUUCACAGACGGAGAAGUGACGUUCAAGGCUGGCGACAUCCUGCAAGCCUACCGGUCGAUCAAAGUCCGUCCGAAACUGCUGAGAUGAGACUUUGGGAGGUACAUUAUAGCAAACUAAUCGCAUAUAUCGAACACAACGCGAGAAUGGUCGACGAUUCGUAUCGCACCGCAACAUGCCCGUCCGUCUCGGCAUUCCAAAAG